AAUGGAAUUUAAGACAUGCUGUUACACUGUAUACACGCAACACGGCACAUGCAUCUUCUUAUCAAAGAGACAAGGGUCUACCUAUGCGCAAUUGCGCAUGAUCGAAUGUUCCCAAAACUGGCAGUAACCUAACCCCGAACUUAUGGAAAAGAGUGCGGGCGUCGGCUCAUUACACAGUACUUUGUCUUGAUCGCAGAAAACACCAAAACAGGAAACACCCUCCUUUCUGAUUACUUAACGCCAUGUUCGACUCAGGAGAGCGCGCCCGGUCCCGCCCCUGACUGCUAGCUUUGUCAAACACAAUUCAGACGCCAUCUUACAACUGAACUGAGACAACGGGAAAACACCAGUUAUUCUUAGAGAACAUCUUACUUUCAGACAAAUGACUGAUGCAGAGGCUAGCAAAUGAACCCUAUACUGAAUCCGUCGCGGCGUUGGGAUUAGUAAAAGUAUUGUAAGUGAUAAGAGCAUACAUUCACGAGUCCUCUAAUGGCGCCAGAGACCUUGCUUGCUGAAUCUCCGGUUGCGCCGCUCUCCCCUCACAGCUCAACUCAGAGCCCGCCUCCCUCUCUGCCUUUGGAAUGAUGUCAUUGCAAGCAAAUCAAAUGAGCCGACAGAGCAAAUUGCGCAUACUAUUGGACAAGGGCACUGACAGUCGAAAUUUUCCAGGGAGUGGUUCUAGAAGACAAAAUCGCCAUUUUGAAAGAACUGCGUGGAAAAAUACUACACGGUUACAAUGUAUCAAACCACUCGAACGUUUCACUGUAUCAUAAUCAACACUUUGUAGCGCUGUGCCCUUCCAAUACGCAGGUAGUGAGUAGAGUAGAGCCGCCAGCAUUUAAAAUUUUGCCAUCUACUAGGCUAUGUCGAAUCUUCAGAGAAUAAAAUGCAGUAGCCCUGAAUUGAGGUGAAUGUCGUGUCUCUGUUAGAAAAAUGAGUGCCGGUCCUUCCAGCUCGAACUCCAUGAAAGAUAGGCUAAAAAUCCUGGACUGUCUUCUCCUAGCAAAGAAGAGUGCAAGGCUCUGUUCGCGACGCUCACUGACAUGGCAAGGUAGAACAAGAACACGAUACAGCGCCUGCGCAAGAGGAUGCGGUUUGACCAAAUCGAUGCUUGGAUGUGGGGGAGGGUAGCUGAGUCUGAGAUGGCAAUAGGAUUGGGGAGCUUAAUCCGUCUAUGCGCCCUAAUACAAUCGACAGCCUGCAAAAUGUGGUAUUUUAGGCUAUGCAUCUUAGGCAAGGCUUAGGCUUUAUAUACAAUCACAAGGGAGCCUAACCUGACAAAACAACACAUCAAAGGAACCAUCCCAAAACAAUGAGCUAAUUUUAACAAAUGUCAACUAAAUUACUUCAAACGCGCCUGCCUUUGCUGGUCACCUGGCCAAGUGCAAUUACCCGUUAUAGCCUGUUAAUGAACGGGUUCUUGAUCACAACACAGACGUUUUCAUCUCAACAGACUGGCUAAUGUAUUUUUAAUCCCCACCUACCUCCACAAAGAAAGAACUACGCUUGUGUAAGGUUGUUACAUAACACAGAUUUGCAGUCUCCCACUGCGUUGGCCAGCAGAUUAGCGUCUCAUAUUCUGUCCUAACUUUGCAUUCAAGUCAAACCCUGCACAAUUUGACAAAAAUGAAGAAUGUCAGCAGUAACCAAUGACAGGUCACAUAGCCUAAUCACAGUCGUGAGCUCAGUUUUCCUCUCCAAAUAUUGUAAUUUGGAUAUUGAUGACUAAUGUGGGCCAGGGAAACUCUAGCCCCCACCAUCAAAAUAGAGAGUCAUUAUAUUCAAAUAUUAUUUUUUUUGCUCACUGACUAAAUGCAAUGUGGGCUAGCCUACAUUUUCUUUUGCCCCAUUUCGUUAUUUUGAUGAUAAAAAUGAAAUUCUAGCCUUGACCUGGCCGUAUGAUAAUCCUCACACUCAUUUCUUAAUUCUCAGAUAGGCCUACGAUACGUAAAUUUCAAGUCGAGUUUCUGAUUCUGAGUAGAAAAGGUUAAGCGCAUUUUUUUUUUCAAUCGGUGAGGCUGGAUUUCUCCAUGUAGGCUACAGAUUUUUGCCGUGAAUGAACCCAUCUCGCCGUCGUCCCUAAAGCCCCUGUGAUGGUCGGUGGGUGAACCCGCAAGGUGUGGGGGCGGGGUUCGCGUUGACAGAGAGGAGGGAGUCGUGGGGGGAGGCGGAGUCACAGCAGUUCUACCAGCGCCGCCAUUUUUGCAAAGGGAAAAGAGACAGGGGUAGAGGGAUCUAGUUUCCUACAAUCAGCGUAGGUAGGGCAGAAUUGAAGCAGUUUUAACAUAAUUAAAACUGUACAUUAGGCUGUAAUAACAGCCGUAAGAAUAGAGGGAAGAGCACAGAAGGCUUUACACGAGGAGUGCUACGAGAUUUAACAUUUUAAACCACUGUUAUAGAUCCGCAGUGGAGACCGAAGUAUUGUUUUGGUUGUGUGGAGUCACGGGCGGCGGGGGUCUCACCCGUGUCCCCUGUUUCUUCAUUCAGAGCAAUUAUAGUGGAGAUUAACGGCCUCGUGGAUGCACUUAGAUGUCUGCAAUGAGUGCUGUGGCUGGCAUGCCCCAGUGUUUUGGAUUGCUCUGCUCUGGACUCAGUAGGACUCUAAGGAUUUCUCAGCCGAGAACGUCAUGAGCCUAGUGGGCCCCGUAGGGGUGGACACUGCAGACACCUCCUACCUCACCAUGGCCGCCGGCUCAGACAGACCGGAGUCGGUGGAGGCGAGUCCCGUGGUGGUGGAGAAGGCCAACUACCCUCACCACCACCACCACCACCACCACCACCACAGCCACCACCAGCAGCAGCACCAACACCAACAGAUCUACAGCAGUGGCAGCUCACACCACUCGCACAGCUACAUCGGCCUGCCCUACGCCGACCACAACUAUGGUGCGCGUCCUCCCCCCACGCCGCCGGCGUCGCCGCCCCCGGUGGUGCUGAUCCGUCCGGGCGAGGGCGGCCUGCUGGUGGGGGGUGGGGUGGGGGUGGGGGUGGGUGUCGACGAGGCGUCGCGCGGCACCACCCUCAGCACCUCGGAGGACGGUAGCUACGGCGCCGACAUCACGCGCUGCAUCUGCGGCUUCACGCACGACGACGGAUACAUGAUCUGCUGCGACAAGUGCAGUGUGUGGCAGCAUAUAGACUGCAUGGGUAUAGACCGGCAGCACAUCCCGGAGACCUACCUGUGUGAGCGCUGCCAGCCCCGCUCCCUGGACCGCGAACGAGCCAUCCUGCUGCAGACGCGCAAGAGGGAGAACAUGUCAGAUGGGGACACGAGUGCGACGGAGAGCGGUGACGAGGUGCCCCUGGAGCUGUACUCCACCUUCCAGCACACGCCCACCACGCUGACGCUCACCACCGGUCGCCUGGGGGGCAACAAGCAGGCCGACAAGAAGCGCAAGAAGAGCGGAGACAAGGAGCCGCCCCCCACCGCACGCGCCAAAAAGGCCUUCCGGGAGGGGUCACGGAAAUCCUCAAGAGUAAAGGGUUCUGCGCCGGAUGUGGACCCGAGUGAGUGCGGCUCCCUGUGGGAGAGCAAGAUGAAGGUGUGGAUGGACCGCUACGAGGAGGCCAGCAGCAACCAGUACAGCGACGACGUGCAGACGCUACUGCGCAUCAAGGAGAACAGCCUGCACACCAAGAACAUCGCUUAUAAUACGCACAGCGCCAGCUUCAAGCCUCCUGUGGAGAGCCAGGUGCAGAAGAACAAGCGUAUCCUGAAGGCGGUGCGGGAUCUGGCUCCCGACUCGCUCAUCAUCGAGUACAGGGGCAAGUUCAUGCUGCGCCAGCAGUUUGAGGCCAACGGUUACUUCUUCAAGAGGCCGUACCCGUUCGUGUUGUUCUACUCCAAGUUUGACGGCCUGGAGAUGUGUGUGGACGCGCGCAACUUUGGAAACGACGCACGGUUCAUACGCCGCUCCUGCACACCCAACGCAGAGGUGCGUCAUGUGAUCGAGGACGGUAUGCUGCACCUGUACAUCUACUCACUGAGGCACGUCAGCAAAGGCAGUGAGAUCACCAUCGGUUUCGACUACGACUACGGCAGCUGCAAGUACAAGGUGGACUGCGCCUGCGUGAAGAACCACGAGUGCCCGGUGCUGAAGCACAACCUGGAGCCCACGGAGAACCUGGGCCUGGCGGGUGUGGAGGCGCGCAGGAGAAGCCGAGGAGGAUCAGGAGGAGGAGGAGGAGGAGGAGGAGGCACAGGAGGCCGCAAGGACAAGGAGCUGCUGGUGGUCCGGGACCGGGGAGACCAUGGAGACGAGGGCCUCCAUCAGAACCAGAACAUGCUCUUAGACGGGGAGGCCGGAGCCAAGGCCAAGAGCCUGAACCAGGAUGGCAAGCAGAGGAAACUCUCGCCACUCCGGCUCUCCAUCUCCAACAACCAGGAGCCUGAGUUUAUUGAGGAUUUAGAAGAGAAAGCCUCCGUUAGCAAUGAAGUAGAGAUGGAAUCAGAGGAGCAGAUUGCUGAAAAGAGGAGGAAGAUGACGCGUGAGGAGCGUAAGAUGGAGGCCAUCCUGCAGGCGUUUGCGCGUAUGGAGAAGCGCGAGAAGCGUCGCGAGCAGGCGCUGGAGCGCAUCAGCACCAAGACGGAGCCGCCCUGUCGCAGCGGCAUCGACAUCAAGGAGGAGCCGCCCGCCACGCCAGAGGCAGACUCACCCGCUAGUCUACAGCCCCUGUGUGACGGCAUCAAAGAGGAGCCGAAGCCCAUCCUGGUUGGCACAGGUGGCCCUGGCAUCGGCAUCGGCAUUGGUGCCGGCCCCGCCACAGGUCCCACGGCGGCCAAGGUGAGCCGCUCCAAGCAGCGCAAGUCCUUCUCGCGCGGCCGCACCCACAUCGGCCAGCAGAGGCGCCGCGCACGCACCAUCAGCGUCUGCUCGGACCUGCCGCCUGGCUCUCCCGCCGACUCCCUGGAGCCCCUGGGCCCCGGCGAGCACCUGGAGGGGGGGCCCCCCGACGGCACCGCAGGGAUCGGGGGGCUGGCGGCCAGCGGAGGCGUCGGAGGCCUGCUGGAGCCUGGAGAUAUGGCUCUGCCCCAGCGCACGCCGGACGCUAGCCCGCCGCACAGUGGCUCACCAGCGCCCACGCCGCGGCACGGGAGCAAGUAUCCCAAAACCAAAAAGCACUUAGUGAGCGAGUGGAUGGGGGGCACUGACUGCAAGCAGCAGGACCCGCGCAGCGCGGCCCGUACGCCCGAGCCCCCGCCCCCGGACCGGCCCCUGCGCAUCAGCAGCGACCCCGAGGUGCUGGCCACGCAGCUCAACGCCCUCCCCGGCCUGGCGCUCAGCCCGCACGUCUACACCACGCCCAAGCACUACGUGCGCUUCUCCUCGCCCUUCCUGGCCCAGCGCAGCCCCACCGCCCCCGGCCUGCCCACCGCGCGGCGGCGCUCGCGAGAGAUGCCCGACACGCCACCCACCUCCGGCUCCUGCAAGAAGCGAUGGCUGAAGCAGGCUCUGGAAGAGGAGGGCUCCACCAGUCCAGGUGGCCACUCAAGCCUCCUGAUGACCAGCGAGGGCCCCCUCAGCCCCCCUCUCAACGGGGACUCGGACAGCCCGCUCCCCUACAACGGAGGAUGCCCCAUACCAGAGUUGCCCACUCCUCUGAAGAAGCGCCGGCUGUGUCCGCUGGAUGCCUGCAUGUCUGAGAGCUCCACCCCUUAUGGCUCUCCGUGCGCCACGCCCACCCGAGCCGACCUAUCCGAGGCUCCCGGAACGCCGCUACAGCAGCAACAGCUGCUGCUGGCCACGCCUCCUCGCACGCGUCACCACGACGACUCGUUGCUGGGCGACCCCCUGCCCACCACGCCCGCCACUCCGGCCCACACGGCGCUCGCCGCGCUGCAGGGCUCCCACACGCCACAGGGGCCGCUCACGCCCUACAACCUGCAGCCAGAGGGUGAGAUGUCUCAAGACAGUUCUCCAGAAGGCAGCAGGAGAUCUAGUACCCAAGAGGUGGAGCGAGCCCCGUCGUUGCUGUCGUCUCCAAGUGUGCGUCCCACCCUCCUCCCCCCUUCUUCCUCGGAGUCCUCCACGGCUCCCACCACCUCCUCGUCCUCCUCCUCGUCCUCCUCCUCCGCCUUGGACCAGAGGCCCCUCGGGGCGCAGAGCCCGUCCCACGACACCCAGGACUCUAUAGCGGCGGCCGGAGGAGACGACGGAGUAGAACGCGAGACGGGGCCUGAUGGAGAGCCCGUGCAGCAGUCCUCUGAGACCUCCACCCCCACCUACCCGCCCUGGAUGAAGAGCCCCGAGCGCAGUGCAGCCGGUGGGGGCGGGGGAGGGAACCUCUCCUUCUCCCCAGUCAACUCCAACCUGAGGGACCUGACGCCCUCCCACACCCUGGAGAUGGGUGGCUUCAGGCUGGACGCUUCGGGAGCUGUGGUGCCGGUGGUGGUGGCGGUAGCGGCAACAGGGGCAGCAGUGGCAGCUGGAGCUGCUUCUGGUGUUGUUGGCGCACCUGCGGCUGCUUUCACAGAGGGCGCGCCCUUCUACCCGUGUGGCGAAGAGGGUGCGGCGAUGGGCUUCAGCCGCUCGCUAAGCGUAGAUGGCAGUGGAGAGGGAGGGGGGAGCGCCCAGAACCCCCCACCCAAGAAAAAGGUGUCUUUGCUGGAGUACAGGAAGAGGCAGCGUGAGGCGCGGCGCAGUGGCGGCUCCAAGGCAGAGUGCAGCUCCCCUGUUGCCACGGUGCCGCCUGCAGACUUGUUCCAUGGAGUCACCAUGGAGACGGUUGUCCCGGAGGCACCGCCGCAGCAGCAACAGCAGCAGCAGCAGCCACAAGUGCUUCAGCAGCCUACGCCUCUGCCUCUGCCUCUGCCUCAACCUCAACCACAGCCUCAGCAGCAGGCGGCUCCCCAGGCAGCUGCCACACCCCAACAGCCAGGAGAGGAGGCAGACGGAGCCCCCCAGGGGGACAGAGAGGCCGGGGAGGGAAAUUGGACGUCGUCUACAUCAGUGGAGCAGGCCAGAGAGCGCAUCUACCACCGAGCCCUGUUGCUAAGUGACCAUCGCAAGGACAAGGAUGCAGAUGAUGCAGAAAGUGGGGAGGGUGUGCCUGUGAGGGACUGUCCUUCCCCCAAGAGCUGCAAGAGUCCGCCUACACACACGCCAUGUUCUCCCGGCCCCAGCUCUCGGCUCCCCAAGGAGGAGGAGUGUGAAACCCCGACGCGGCCCACCACGUCUUCUCAACAACAACAACAACAACAGCAACCACCCCAGGCGGCCCCCAAAACCCCCGUCACCCCCAAACCCACAGCCCCGCUCACCCCAACCCGACUGCACCCGCCCUCGUCGACCCCCCAGGGCCACUACACGGGCCCCCCACCCCCCUCGUCGCUCCUGCACUCCCCUAAGCCCUCAGCGCCUCUGCCAGCCUCGCCAUUCCGAGGCCAGCGCUCCUUCCAGCCGACCAGCCAGCAGCCCCAGGCCCAGGCCGUCACGGUGGCCCCACCGCCAUCGGGCCCCCCGCAGACGGCCCCCUUCGUCCCUUACGGCAGCCCGCAGAGCGCGCCACCCCCACCGCCGCCCCCUCCGCCUGCACCACCGGCCUCGGCGGCCUACUUCCCCGCCCAGAGCGCCCCGACGUCAGUCACCGUGGCCUCGCCGUUCCAGCCCUUCCAACCGGGAGUGGGAGUGGGAGUAGCGCCGCCCCCGCCGCCUCCCUUCGCCCCUCCGCCGGGCAGCCAGGCUCUGCUGCACCCCCAGCCCCAUCCCCAUCCCCCUCCCAUGCACUACCAGACCUGCACCACAGGGGCGCCGCCCCCGCCUCCGCCGCCACCCCCACCCCCCACACACACACAGCAGCAGCCCCCGCCGGGUCCCACGCUGCUGCAUGUCAACGUCAACAUGGCGCCUCAGCACCAACACCAACACCAGGUGCUGCUCAGCUCCGCGCACCCACCACCUCCACCUCCACCUCCGCAGCAGGCCAGCCAAUCACAGCUGGCCGCCGCUCUCAAACAGCAGCAGCAGCAGCAAGGCCCUCCCCCUCCCCCUCCUCCGCCGCCUCCCCCUGCCCCCUCGUCGGUCGUUUCGGCGCCCCCUCCCCUCCCCUCCCAGACACUGGGAGCCUAUCAGGCGCCCCUCUUGCACCCCCCUCCGCAAGUGGGGGUGGUGGGACCUCCUCCCGUCUCCUCGUACUGCUCCCAAGUGAGCGGGCUGCCCCCUCCUCCUCCCCCACCUCCACAGCAGCAGCAGCAGCAGCCACAGCAGCAGAACCCCCCUCCCACACAGACUCAGCCCCUGCCCCUGCCCCAGGCACCUCAGAGCAGGGCGGGCACGGUUCCUCCUCCCCCUGGGGCACCACCACCCUCCUUCCACAACGCCGGCUACAUGGGCACAGGGUGGCACUGACUGACUUAAUGACUGACUAGCUGGCGCCACCACCAGGCAAGACCAGAAAAGACACCCCCUACCCCAACCCCACCUCUACCCACAAUGCCCUGGUGACCUGAACUUAACACACACAAACCCACCCAGCCCAGCCCUCCCCUUUUGCCCCGUAGCUCGAACCUCGCACCAAUGCCCUUCAUGAACCAGCCUAUAGACUCGCAAUGAGAGAAAAACACACACAAAAGGAGGAAUGGAAAGAGGAAGAGAUAGAGGGGGAAAAGAGAGAGAGAUGGAUGGAUGGAGGAGAGAGAGAGAGAGAGGGAGGGAGGAGGAAGAGGGGGGCCUGCUGCCACACCUGUGUACCAUAGCCACCCCUGCACCUUCCCCUUCCCCUCCCCGUUGUAAAUACUUUUUUUAUUAUUAUCUUAUGUACCUGACCACCAUAGCCGAUGGAAAAACAUCAACGGAGUAAAGGACGGGAGGGGAGAAGGAGGAGGAAGAGGAGGAGGAGGAGGAUGAGGAUGAGGAUGAAAAUGAGGGGGACCGAGGGGGCGACAAGAAAACGCCCCCAUCAUCAAAUCAAAAGAGGAAAUAGAAUAAAAAAGACUUUGUCAUACACAUACACACAGACACACAAACAUAUACAUACAGAACAGUAUACACAGACAGUAUACUUAAAAAACUGUUCAAGCAAAUCUCCUUAAACAAGAGACUUAAAAAUGAGGUGUAAUAUGAAGAUGGACGAUUUAACACCCCACCCCCCAAUUCCACCCUGUAAUGUCCCACCCACCCAACUACCCACCCAACCCUGACCCUGUCCUCCCCUCCCCUCCCCUCCCUCCCUCCCUCCCUCCCUCCGUCCUUUCCCAGCGUCCUUUUCAGGGCGCUAUUCUUGUCUUUGACUUUGUUUUUAUUUUUGUAGUAACCUUCACUUUUGGUGGAGAGUCCCUAGCUCUGUGUUUCCCUUAUCCCCCACCCCACCCAAUUGUUUGUCUAGAGUCGACCCCACUCUCACCUUCUCCAAACACCAACCACCACCCCCCACCCCCUAGCCUGCACUUUUCUGUAUUGAUGGACAUUCCAAACUAACCCCACCCCCCAUCCUCUCUCCCCUUCCUCCCUCCCACCCCAUCCUCUCUCCUCUUCCCUCCCUCACUCCCUCCAUCCUCUCUCCUCUUCCUUCCCUCCAUCCUCUCUCCUCUUCCCUCUCUCCUCUGCCUUCUCUCCCUCCCUCCUGCCAUCUUCUCUUCUCUUCCUUCCUCCCACCCCUUCUCUUCCUCCCUCCCACCCCUUCUCUUCCUGUCUUUUAUGUCUGCACCGUUUUGUUUUAUCUAGUGGCUCAUUAUAGCAAAACAAGAGUUAAAGGAAAAAAUAAAUAAAUAAACACACACCGCUUUUUGUAAGAAAAGAAACCAAGAAAAAAAAUACAGAACUAUUAUUUUUUUUAUUCCAUGUAACAAGGAAAACUAAAAAAAAGAAGAAACUAUCUGCUCACCGCUGUAGCGAUUCAAAGGAAGAACACAAGUGAGUGAUGUGGUAGGCCGCUUCACUGCAACCCCCUGUAGUCUGCACUUGCGUGUGUGUGUGUGUGUGUGUGUUUGUGAGUGUGUGUGUGUGUGAGAGAGAGAGAGAGAGAGAGAGGGCGCGUGUGUGUGUGCAUGUGAGAGAGAGUCUGUGAGAGAGAGGGAGAAUUUGUGAGCACGUGCUUCAGUGUGUGUGUGAGGUGAAGGAAGACUUGCAUACUGUAUUAGUUUGUUAGUGUUUCGGUCACGUGUGUGUGUGUG